ACCCAUAGCCGCGCGUUUCUCGGCGGCGUCCGCAACCCUAUGUCCCUCGGCGGCGCCCGUAGCGGCGAGCCCGGGCGGCGAUGGCGCUGCGGUGGGCGGCGCGGGGCCGGGCCCCGGAGCGCUGGGCCGCCGAGCGGCGGCGGGAGCUGGAGGCGCGGAGGCGGCAGCAGUGGGAGCGGGCGAGCUGCUCCUUCGCCCGAGCCGCCCUUUGUUGCUCCCUGCAGGCGCGGUGGAGCGCGCCGAGGGCCCUGCCGUCAUGCCCCGCGGUGGCGCAGCGGGAGGUGGAGGAGGCAGCAGCCCGGCUGGAGGAGCGGCGGCAGCGGCUGCGGCAGCUGCUGAACGAGGAGCGGGAAGCGCUGGCGGCGGAGCUGCGGGCCCGCGGGCCGGAGGCUGUUGGGAGGCAGCCGCAGAGAGAGGAGCUGCAGGACGGCCCAGAGCAGCCGAGGAGAGAGGUGGAGUCAGAGCUGCACAGGACGCACGUGGUGGAGGCUUGGGGCGAUGGGCGAGUGCAGAAAACCAAGCAAGAAGCAACUGAACUUACUGAGAAAAAACAUUAUGAAAACGAGUAUGAAAAGGCGCGAAGGGAAGCGCUGGAAAGAAUGCGAGAGGAGGAAGAGAGGCGUCGUCUGGAGGACAAGAAGCACGCAGAGGCAUUGCUUCAACAAAUAGAAGAACUGAAAUUACGGGAUACUGAGGCAACAAAGCUGAAAAAAGAGCAAGAGAAUUUAUUAAAGCAGCAGUGGGAGCUGGAGAACUUGGAAGAGGAAAGGAAACAAAUGGAAGAGCACCGGAAAAAGAAAGAGCUUGGUCGCUUUUUGAGGCAUCAGUGCAGCGCCCAGUUAAAGAGACGAGCCCAGGAGAUACAAGAGGAGCUGGAGAUGGAUAGGCAAAUCUUAUUAGCGCUCCUCGAGAAAGAAGAGGAGGAACAACGCCGCCAAUCCACGCGACGAGAGCGAGCUAUCGCAGAUGUUGCCUGGAUGAAACAGGUCAUUGAGGAACAGCUCCAGUUAGAAAAGGAGAGGGAAGCAGAGUUGCAGACUAUUUUUAGAGAAGAAGCUAGAAAAGUGUGGGAGAAGAAGGAGGAAGAAUGGGAAAGAGAGAAGAGGGCCAGAGAUCACCUGAUGAAUGAGGUCCUUGCAGGCAGGCAGCGCCAGAUCCAAGAGAAGAUGGAGUUAAACAGACGAGCCCAAGAGGAGUCUAUAAAGCAUCGCGAGCAGCUGAUUAAAGAAAUUGAAGAGGCGAAAGAACUGACUAGGCGAGAGAAGGAGCAGCAGGAGGAGCUGCAGGCAGCCCGCAGGCAGGACCUGGAGGCACAGCUGACAGAGCGGUGCUCGCAAGAACGGGAGGAGCAGCAGCACCAGAGGGAGGAGGAAGAGGAGGCGAGAUGCGUGCGGCAGCGCUGCGAGGAGCUGGUGCGGCAGGAGGCCCAGCGCAUGGCUGAGCGAGGGUAUCGCAGCAGGCUCUACAGUUACCCCAGAGCAGCGUGGAUCUGAGGAUUCUUGGCCUUCACACCCAAGGAACAAGUACUCGGUGCCGGCGCAGCUAGAGAGAGACACAACUGUGAAGAAUCAAGGAACUCCAGAAAUAACGGCGGCUUUGUGUUCUGGUUUGAGCUAAAGCAGGACCGAUUCUCUAACUUUUCGACUCAGCCUCUUCUAAGUGACUUCAGGUGACCCCAAACUGACCAACAGAGUAUUCUGUCCCAUGUGCAUCAUACAUGGGAUGAAGCUGAGGGAUCACGAGGGUCAAUCUCUCUUCUUUGAUGGCCGAUGUCCAGUGAGGACCUUGUCUGUCUGUCUGUCUGUAUGCUCCCUGUCCUGAUUGUGUGUUCCUGAAUCCAGUUCCUGACAUUUUCCAUGGGUCUGCUCUGCAGCUUCAGGAUGGACUUAAGAGUCACGAGGAGGUGUGCGUGUUUGGUUUUAUAGAUUUCUAUAUAUUUUAUUAUUAAUAAUAUUUUUAUUUCCUUGUAUUGUUUGAUUAAAGCUGGUUUAG